GACGCAAAUUGGGGAUGUAGCAGGAAAUUGAGGGUCCUAGAUCACAUUAUGGGCUCCUCCCUUUCAAAGUACUUAGAUAAUCCGAUCAACCAAAAUCUACGACAGCUACAUCCGAAGAAAGACGCGUUGAACUGUUUCCAUUACUUGAAUUUGGGUUUGGGCCAUUCUAUAUCCACAUUUUCCUUUUAUUCUUACAACAUGGCGACCCAAGAACAGCUCAAGGGCAUCCUUGUCGCCCUGACGACUCCCUACACGGCCGAUCAGAAGUCAAUCGAUUUGGAGGCUCUAGACACCCACAUCCAGCGCCUCAUUGCGGCAGGGGUCCACGGACUCGUCCCCGGCGGCAGCACAGGCGAGUUCGUUGCACUCUCGACCGAAGAGCGCAAGAUUCUCGUAGAGCAGUGCGUCAAGUCAGCAGCGGGCCGCGUGCCCGUAAUAGCAGGCACAGGCGACCUCUCGACGGCGCGGGCCGUUGAUCUCGCCAAGCACGCGGCUGAGGUCGGCGCCAAGGCCCUCAUGGUGGUGCCCCCUUAUUACGACGCCGUCAGCGUGCCCCAGCUCCGCGAGCUCCUGCGUGAGAUCCACGAGGCCAGCCGACUGCCCAUUGUGUACUACAACAUCCCCUCGGCGAGCGGGCUGACGCUGCAGCCGGAGCAGAUUGUCGCCCUGUCCGAGGUGGGCGUCAUGUACAUGAAAGACACGUCGGGCAACGCGCCCGUGCUGACAGACCUUCUGUUCACGAGCAGCUAUAGCGACCGCGUCACCACCUUCAACGGCUGGGACACCCUCACCUUCUACGGCCUCGCCGCCGGCGCCAAGGGCUCCGUCUGGGGUGCGACCAACAUUAUCCCCGAGCUGUCCAUGGAGCUGUGGGAGGCCGUUGCUGUCCAAGGGGACAUAAAGAAAGGCCGGGAGCUCUGGACCAAGAUCUUUCCCGUCUGCAAGUUCCUCGAGUCGCACAAUUACGCUUCUGCCAUCAAGACGGGCAUGGAGCUGCGAGGGUGGGGGACCGGUGGCGUGAGAAGGCCCUUCACUCUGUUGGAGGGAGGGCUGCGGGAGGAGUUAAAGUUGAUACUCGAGAAUGCUGGUGUCAAGACGGUCUAAUUUAGUAUAUCAAACGCACCCAGCAAUACCAU